UCCAGCUCCAGCCUCCUGCGCCCAGCUCCCCUACAGUCAUGGUACUCUACUGGGCCUUUAUCAUCCUGAGCUUUGCACCUGUGCUCCUGGCUCAGCAGCCAGUCUGCACCAGCCUGACUCCAAUGAUCCUUAAUGACACUACCAUAGACCAGUUGUCCGGCAAGUGGUACUACAUUGGCGCAGCUAUAGGCUACCUUCCCUACAAAGAAGAGACCCAGAGUAUCAAGUCAUCCUUCUUCUACAUGAUCCCCAACAAGACUGAGGACAUAUUCUUUGGAAAUGAAUACAAUACCAUUGGAGACAAAUGUGUGUAUAUGCAGAUGAACCUCACCAUCGACAGAGCCAAUGGAACUCUUUUAAGGAAUGAGUCAAAUCAUCUCUUCGUUAGCUAUGUUGCAUGGACCCAGGACCCGAAUACUUUUGUGCUUUACUUCUUCCCAAUGGACAGAAAUCUUCGAUCAGUGUUUCUUUCUGUUCGAACCCCAGAGGCUUCUGAGGAGCAGCUGAAAGAGUUCCGGGAGAUUGCCAAGUGCCUGGGCUUCCAAGAGGAGGAUAUUAUUUACACAGAUUGGAGCAAGGAUAUGUGUAAGCAGUUGGAGAAGGAGCACAAUCAAAAGGAGAAGAAGGAAGCCAAGGAUGUAUCCAAGGAAAAAGAACUCUCCUAGGCUUGAAUGAUGCAGCUCACUUGUGGCUCCCUUGUCAUUCAAUCUAGAGGCCAGUUAAAUAAAAAAUAUGUUGGCUCUACUCCAAGUCAAGUUAAAAAUAAACUUUUAUUUAUUCACAUUCA